AUGAUCCCCACCCUACCCUUUGCACCCAACGAUGAGACCUGCAGAGAGAUACGGGAGGCCAUCUCCGAGUGGGAUGACACCACCAGGGUUAUCGUGGGGCACGGUAGCGGGUCAUUCGGGCACGUUGCCGCCGCGAAGCACAGCACCAUCGACGGCGUAUCGGGGGCCGUCCAGUGGAGGGGCUUCUGUGACGUCAGUGAUGCGGCGUCCCGCCUCAACAGGUGGUUGCUGCUUGCGGGAGAAACGGAAGGCGUUUUCGGCGGGGACGGGGCUUGCGUGCCUGAGAUCUCGCUCGAAAGCCUUCCGUCCAUCGAGGGGUCCUUGGGGGGCUCCAGAGGAACGGACGUGACUGGCGGGAUGGCUUCCAAGGUGCGGGACAUGAUUUCGCUCGUGGAAAGCCUGCCUGGCGCAAGAAUUAGAAUCUUCUCAGGCCUUACCCCGGGCGGCGUAAAGCGAACAUUGCUGCUGGCGGCCGGGAGGGAGGGGCAAGAACCAACGCAAGGCGGUAGCGGGGGUAGCAGCGGAGGCAGCGGUGGGCCGACGACAGGGGGCCUCGGGACAGUAAUCGUGGCGUCUGCCACCACUGCCGCCGCCGUUGCACCGGCGGUAUCCACAGCGGUUGUUUGCGAAGUGGGCGGGGGCGGAGGAAUCUCGUAG